UCUUCCUAAUUAUCAGUUUUCCUCUGCCUCACUCUCCCCUCCCACUUCAUUUUUCUUGUACAUUUUCGCUCAGCGGCGAGGUCUAUUGACUCUCAGAGGAUAAAUUAGCAGAAAUGAAUAUAGAGGAUUGUCAACGUAGCCACUUCUAUUGAGCUUCUUAGUCCAGAGAAUCAACAUCCUGAAACCUAUGAACCACCCCUGAACAUACUUAGAACCAAAAAGAAUGUGACAACAUUUUACGACAAAACUUAUGGCUGCCUUAGUUUGUUUAACUAGUGAGACCCAGUUGAUUCAAACUAUUUGUGCAGUUGUAGUAAAGGGUCAUUGGAACAACCUCUUGAAACCCAAGAUUGGUUCCAGUCUCACCUCAACCACCAUCCUCCAGGUACUCCUACAGCUCUCAAUUUAUAGUCGCGGUCCUUGGCUUCUUUCUUGGGAAUUUUUCAAGUGGGUUGAAUCUGUUGCUAACUAUAAGCACUCUUUGCAAUGUUCAUGGACCAUGGUUCACAUCCUCGCUAAGAAUAAGCACUUCAAAACUGCACAAGACUUGCUUGAGAAAAUUGCGCACAAGGAUUUUCUGUCGUCAACCUCGGUUUUGAAUGCGCUGGUGAGGAAUUACGAUGACCCAGAUGUGAAUUCGCAUGUUUUGAGCUGGCUUGUGAUAUUUUACGGGAAGUCGAAGAUGACCCUGGAUGCAAUGCAGGUGUUUGAGUUCAUGAGGGUGCACAGGUUACAGCCUCAUUUGCAUGCUUGUACUGUGCUUUUGAAUUGUUUGGUUAAGGAUAGGAUGACUGAUAUGGUAUGGAAAGUCUUUAAGAAGAUGGUUCGGGUAGGGGUUGUACCGAACAUACACGUUUAUAAUGUGUUGGUGCAUGCUUGUUGCAAGUCUGGGGAUGUGGAGAAGGCAGAGGAGCUGUUAAGUGAGAUGGAAUUGAAGUGUGUUUUUCCUGAUCUUUUUACAUAUAAUACGUUGAUUUCAUUAUACUGCAAGAGGAGUAUGCACUAUGAGGCUUUGGCUGUGCAAGAUAGAAUGGAAACAGGAGGUGUGAGUCCUGAUAUUGUUACUUUUAAUUCCCUUAUUUAUGGGUUCUCUAGGGAAGGUAGAAUGAGAGAGGCUCUAAGGCUUUUCCAGGAAAUUAAAGGUGCUACUCCCAAUCAUGUAACAUACACUACUUUGAUUGAUGGGCAUCUCAGAGUAAAUGACCUUGAAGAAGCUUUAAGAUUGCACAAGGUGAUGGAGGCUAAGGGGUUGUACCCCGGAGUUGUUACUUAUAAUUCAAUUCUCCGCAAGUUGUGUCAAGACGGCAGGAUAAGGGAUGCAAAUAAGCUCUUGAAUGAGAUGAGUGAGAGGAAUGUUGAACCUGACAAUGUCACAUGUAACACACUGAUUAAUGCUUACAGCAAAAUAGGAGAUAUGAGGUCUGCAUUGAAAGUUAAGAACAAGAUGAUAGAGGCUGGAUUGAAGCUGGACCAAUUUACAUACAAAGCUUUGAUUCAUGGAUUCUGCAAAGCGCAGGAGAUGGACAGUGCUAAAGAGCUGUUGUUUGAUAUGCUUGAUGGAGGCUUUUCUCCAAGUUACUGCACCUACUCAUGGAUUAUAGACAGUUAUUGCAACCAAGACAAUGAAGGUGCAAUUAUAAGACUCCCGGAGGACCUAGUGAAAAGAGGUCUUUGUGUUGAUCUCUCAGUGUACAGGGCACUGAUAAGAAGGUUAUGCAAGAGAGAGAGAGUUGACUCUGCUGAAAAAAUAUUCCUUGUUAUGCAAGAGAAGGGUAUACUAGGAGACAGUGUUAUAUACACUAGUCUGGCAUAUGCUUACUUGAAAGCCGAUAAGGCAACUGUUGCUUCUAAGAUGUUAGACGAAAUGGACAGAAGGAGGUUGAUGAUAACACUGAAAAUCUAUAAAUCUUUCAAUGCUUCUUAUGCUAGUGACAACAGCAUCUUACCGCUCUUUUGGGAUCAUAUGGUUGAGAGAGGCUUAAUGUCCAAAAAUAUUAUUAAGGAAAUGCAGCAGAUUAAGUAACCUUGGAGAUGUGUCUGAAGUUGGAGACUCAAAUUUUUUUGGUGCUAGAAGGGCGUGGCAACACAAACGGAGAAGGUUAUCAUUUUGGGGAGUGCAAAUACUCUUGCUAUCUAGUGUGUCUAUGCAUCCUCAUCUGUGGAUGGCUGACUAGUGGAGCUUAGUUUUCUUUAUGAUCACAGAAUCAUCUUCAGUCUCCUCUCUUUGCUGUCGUUUUGAGCUCAAUGGGCAAGGAAGCAGUGCUGCAGGUAAGGCCAGACAAGACUUGAUUAGGGUAUUCUCUAAGUUGAUAUGGAAGACCAUUCAAUUUAACAUUGGCUUGUCCCUAAGGAGUAGCUCAAUCGGCUGUGAACCACGCCUCAUGAAGCGGUGGUUAUUAGUUCGAAUCUCUCAUCCCCUUUCU